GCAAUAAACACAGCUGCUAUGUAGUAAAUGAUUAUGCGCCGAUUUGAGUUCGCGCACGUGCCGUUCUGCCGCUAACAGCGCGCUAACACACAAAUGUCGCGCAAUAAGAAGCCGUCGGCUUUGUCCGACCUCAUUAGGCAAGCGGCUUCGUCCGAGGCUCUGGACAGCUCUCCGACUGAGCCCAUUGCCGUUGGCCAUGCCUCGCUGAGGGUGUCGGCUGCUGCUCCUACAACCGCGGAAGAGCUAGCGGAGGCCUUCUUUCCAGGAUCAUCGCUUCGAGAGCAUGCAUUCUUUCCGAAAAGCCUAACGGGACAUUCGCUGGUGUCCUCACAUACACCUUUUGGCUUCCUUGGCGGAGCCAGGCAGGGCCCACGGACGUCUGGAGAUGACUCGCAGGGACCCAGCAACACCUCUCCCUACGGCCGCGCAGCCGCCGGCUUCUCGCUUCACCGCCAGCAAUCCAUCGCCGAAGUCGACACAGAGGGACGCAGCCUGCCAGACCACGACACCAGCCGCACCCCUAGCCAAAACCAAGGCUACAGCAACCCCACUCACCCCACCACAGCCGCCACCAACAAUAACAGCCACGGUCAACGCCAAAUCCAAAUCCAAAUCCAAGGCCGCCACGGUCAAACCUCCGACCAGGGCCAGGUGUACGGCAGCCAGCACGUGCACCCGGGCUUCAGCAUGGGUCACAGCCUUCCGGCCUCCGCGCUGCCGGGCGCUGUGGGGUCAUGGCUGGGUCUGGGCUGGCGCGGCCGCUCUCCGCCGCCGCCCCCGCAUGGCACGCCAGGCGGCAGCAGCCGGGACGGUGGGGGCUCGGUGCUGAUUGUGGAAGGAGAGCGGCGAGGAUGGGGUCAAGGAGGAGGAGGGGCUGAGGGGAGAGGCAGGGGCGGCGACUUGGCAGAGCCGCUUCUGUCAGGCUUCGACUCCCUGGCCAGCGAGGAUCCCCACCUGGACGACGUGGAAGCCACAGGAGCAGCAGCAGACCACCAUCACGCCUCCCGCCGCGGCAGCGCCACCGCUACCGCCGCUGCUGCUGCGGCCGGUACGGCUGCACCCCUCACGGGUGUCGUACCCGCCACCGGCAACGGCACAAGCACCCCUGCUACUACUGCCGCUGCUACUGCUGGUGGUGCCGUUCCUAGGAGCUCAGCUGCCUCCGCAGUAGCGGCUGCAGCACCCAAGGAUCCCCGUAGCGGCUUUGGGAACUCGAUUGUGUUUGGCAUGAUUAACGCGGUCGUCAGCAUGCCCACACUGAUUGCGUACGCGGCCAUUGUGUUCAAGGCCCCCCUGUACGCCCCCUACCUGGACAGCCUGUGUCGCUUCUUCUUCUUCAGCAGCGCCGUACACCAACUCGUGUUCGUGUGCCUGAGCAGCCUGUCCUUCGCAGUGGGGCAGGUGCAGGACGUGGGGCUCAUCUUCCUGUCGGCCAUGGCAUCAGACAUCGCACUGCGCCUCACCUCCUCCUCCUCAGAGGAUGGUGGUGGCGAUGUGGCCGCGGUGGCUCUGGGCUCCUCGCUGCUGGUCAUGACCCUCAGCACCUUCAUUGUGGGACUGCUCACGGUGGUGGUGGCCCGCCUGAAGCUUGCGGACAUGGUGUCGUACGUUCCGUUGCCGGUGGUUGGCGGUUACCUGGGCUUCGUGGGCUACUUUUGCAUCGCCGGCGGCACCGCGCUUGCUGCGGGCGUGCAGGUGGACUCGCUGCUGUCGUGGACGCACCUGCUGGCGCCCGGGCCCGCCCUCAAGCUGCUGCCCGCCGCCGCCACCAUUGCCGUACUCAUGCUGUGCGUGGCGCGGGUGCACCACCCGCUGGCGCUGCCGGGGCUGCUGAGCGCCGUACCGCUGGCCUUCCACGCGGUGCUGUGGGCGGUGGGGUGGGACCUGAGGCGAGCGCAGGAGGAGGGCUGGGUCAUGCCGCCCACGGCCGGAGCUACUCAGUUCUGGCAGCUGUGGGGUCUGUACCACCUGCAGCCCGGCUCCCCGGGGUUGGGUGUCAGCUUCGGCGCCAUGCUGGCUCAGCUGCCCAAGCUGGCGGGUCUGUUCCUGGUGGUGUGCUUCGGCAGCUGCAUGGACGUGGCGGCCAUCCAGAGCGACAUGCCCACGCCGCUGGACUUCAACCGGGAGCUGCUCACAGUGGGGGUGUCCAACAUGGUGACGGGCGCGCUGGGGGCGGGCUACACCGGCUCCUACAUAUUCAGCCAGACCGUGUUCACCAUGAGACAGGGCGUGUUCAACCGCAUCAACGGCCUCACCAUCGCCAUGGUGGAGCUGCUGGUGUUCGCACUGCCGUUCAGUGUCGUUCAGUACAUGCCAAACUUCUUCUUCGGCGCCUUGCUGGUGUGGUUCGGUAUUGAGAUCGCGCGCGACUGGCUCAUCCUGUCGUACAAGAAGCUCUCCCGCCCCGAGUACCUGUUGCUGUGGUCCACCUUCCUGGCCAUCAUGGCGUGGGGGCUGGAGCUGGGCAUUGCGGCGGGGGUGGUGCUGGCCACCCUCUACUUCGCAUACCAGUACGCGCAGAGCCAGGUGAGUAGCCUGCGCCAGGUGUCCGCCCGCAGCGGUCGCUCACACGGCUUCGAGGCGGGCGGCGCGCUGGACCUGCUGGGGCGGCGGCUGGCGGUGCUGCGGCUGGGCGGCUUCGUGUUCUUCGGCAGCUCCUCGGGGCUGGGGAACCAGGUGCUGCACACCGCGGCGCGCAUGCUGCAGGAGCGGCGGGAGGAGGCGCGGCAGCACGAGGAGGCGGCGCGAGCGGCGGCGGCGGCGCAGCUGAAGGAGGAGGAGGAGCAGCAGUACCAGCGGGCAGAGGGAGAGGUGGAGGCUGCUGUGCAGGACGGUGAAAGCAGCAGGGCAGACGCGCCAGCGGCGGCGGGGCAGGUUGCCGGGGAGUCGGCUCGGCGGGAGGCGCCUGGCAGCAGUGACUGCAGCAGCACUGGUGGUGGCAGCGAGGACGGUGGCGAGGGCGAGGGCUGCAGCGACCCGGGGGUCGGCUUGUCCCGCGCGGAGUGGCACUGGCGGGCGGCGCAGGCACUGGCCCGGGCGCCCGUGGUCAUCAUACUGGACUUCAGCUCCGUGACGGGUCUGGACUCCACCGCCGCACGCACCUUCGCCACUCUGGUGUCCACCCUAGCCUCGCAACACGUGCACGCCGUGUUCGCCGGCCUGCGCCGACCCGACUGCCGGCACCUGCUGCGCGCCAACGGACUGCCGCUGCUGAGCUACACGCAGGCGGCGCAGCAGAGCAGGGGGACGGAUG